UUGUCUUAAAUCGGACCAACCGUGCUUCACUCUCAAGCACGUAAACCGCUGAAAAGCGUUUUUUCGCCACGUAUAGCGUCCAAUUCGAAAAAUCCACGCCCAGAUUAACGGCGUGGCCUGUAUUUUCGAAGGAAUCGUAUAAGCGAGUCGACUCUCAGUCUUCACUUAAAAGAGCCGGUUUGAUGAGUCGACUCGUUUGCAAAGGAAAGAGUUUAACACGGAAAGCGAACUGAAGCGAAAGAUUAACUUAAUGGGAGCAAAACAAACAGUUGAGUUAUACUCAGUGCUCAGAGUGAAAGGGUUUGUGUUAGCACGGUAUUUUAGUUAAUCGGAGACUUAGCAGUGUGUUUCCUGUCACAUGAUCUCCGCCGAUAGCUCUAAAUUAGUUGGAUGAGUAAACCCUGUGCUGAAGUAGCGGUAAUUGCUAGCUAGUAGCCGCAAGGAAUGUCGUCGGUGCGAUAACGGUCACACCCGGCUGGCUUCAAAAACGUGUGUUCUGGACCGGAGAUCUUCUUCAACUGCCCAGGAAUGAUUGAACUUUGAAGCUCUCACAGGCCUAGUAUGAGCACGAAGACCAGUUCCUGUCUGUGGACUCCUGUGCCUCAGAUUUCUCCUGCACCAUGUGACCGCUAUAAACAUGCUAUUUGUGCUUACAAUGGGAAUGUGUAUGUGCUCGGAGGUAGAGGGAAGCAUUCGUUAAAAGACUUCUGGAAAUACAAUGUGUUAUGUAACAAGUGGUUGGAGUUGGACUGUGAUAAUGAUAAUGCACCUGAUGAAUUGGAGGAACACAGCAUGGUCCCCCAUCAGGGUGUCCUUUAUGUUUUCGGAGGCUUGAGGGAUUCGGCAUAUUCUGACUCAAAAACACCUCUUUGGUUGUUUGACACAGCCAAGGAGCUAUGGUUUUACAUAGAAGAACAAAGUCCACUUUCUCAGAAUGUGGUGCCAGCCAACAAGAAAGGACACAGUGCUGUCGUGUUGAGAUCCUGCAUGUUCAUUUAUGGUGGAUACAUUGACAUGCGCGGGGCAUCACAGGAAUUCUGGAGAUUUGAUAUGGACUCCAGGUUGUGGUCAAUUUUGAGUAUUCCACAAGUGGGUCCUGGACCUCGGCAUAGCCACUCUGCCAUAACCCACCAAGAUUAUAUGUACCUGUAUGGUGGUUUGCAAGGUCUGAAGGAGCAGAGGGACCUGUGGAGAUGGAGCUAUCACAGUCAAACUUGGACCUGCAUCAGAACCACCUCAGGACCCUCUAAACUGAUGGGCCAUGCUGCUGUGGUGUACAAGGGCAGCAUGCUGCUGUUUGGUGGGGGAGAGGCCCCGACUGCUCCCACAAACUGCCUGUGGUGUCUCAAUCUUACCACACUCAUGUGGGAGAGGCUGCCUUCAUUGCAUGGAUCCACUGCUCCAUGCCGGAUUCACCACCGCUGUGUUGGUCUUGGCCCUAAAUUCCAGCCUAGACCACCAAAUAAUACCACUAGCAUUGAACUUUCCAUAACAAAAAGCAAGGACAACACAUUUAGACCCUUCAAGAACAAGUGUUUCCCCUCCAGACCCUUAAAAUUGCAACCUGAGGAGGACAUAGAGCUUCAGAAUUUGCAUCUUGGCUUAAAAAGCACUAAGGUAUAUGGGAACUGCCUUACCUUUGAAAACCAUGUUACUCAAGAGAGCAGGGAUGAUGAGCAUUCUGAAAAUGAAACUGAGGACCCUGUGGAGGUUCCAAUGCCUGACUUGCUACUUGUAUUGGGAGGUAAACCUCUAAAAGAACAAGCUGCCAUUUCAGUAUGGCAAAUGACUAUGGGAGAUAGCUGAGAGUGAGUGAAAUGUUUUAUACCAGCAAAUGCUACUUUUCUCAAAGAGAAAAAAAGAAAUUCUUUAACUUUCCUACACGAGGACAUACACUGUAUAGACACAAGUAUUGACACACCUGACAUUUACAGCCAAAUGGGGUUUUACUCAAACUGUUUUUACACAGUUGAAGGUGCACAAUGUUAUAGGGUGUUUAUAGGGUAGCAUUACAUUUUCCCUUCACUUGAACUAGGAGACAAAAAACUGUUCCAGGAUGAAAAUGCUCCUGGGCACAAUUCGAACUUCAUGAAAAUAUGGUUUACAUUGAUUGGAGUCAAAGAUCUUGAGUAGCCUGCUAUACAUCUCUGCUCUCAACCCUAUUGAAGACUUUAGGGUUGAUUUGGAACACUGACUGCACCACAGGCCGAAUUAACCCUGUAUCAUUUACUGCAGUAAUUUAAUAGUGCCUUUAUGGCUGAAUGAAAUCUUCAUAGAACCAGACUCCAAAAUCAAGUUGAAAACCUUCUCUCUUCUAGAGAAUGAUUAUAACUUCACAUGGGACUAAAUAUGGAAUUUUAAAAAGCACAAAUGUAAUCUUAUGGUCACGUUUAUUAAUAUAGGGUACUUAUCAUACUUUGUGUACAUCAUAUGGCUCAAACACUAGUGACUGUUAUUUACAAAGCUGAUUUAAGGUGUGUGUGUGUGUGUGUGUGUGUGUGUGUGUGUGUGUGUGUGUGUGUGUGUGUGUGUGAGAGAGAGAGAGAGAGAGAGAGAGAGAGAGAGAGAGAGAGAGAAAUGGGGAGAUCUUAAUAUUUAUAUUAUUUACUCCCAGCCUUUAACUUUUGUCUGUGUUGUACAUUAUACUUAUUUAUGAAGCCAGUGUAGUAUGAUCACACUCCUUCAUAAUUUCAUAUUCAUUUACAUCCAGGGCCAAGUUAGCAGAGCCAAUCCACCUACUGAUGUGUGUUUUGUGGCUAUGGGAGAAAAUUCAGUGUAUAUGCAUAUUUGCGCAACAUAUUCCUUUUGCUCAACAGGUUCCCUUGUUUAUUUUAUUUUAUUUUUUUAGAUUUUUUUUUUCUUACAAUAAUAAAGAUGCACUCAUUCAGUA